UUCAUAAAUUGCCCGAACUGUCACCCGAGAGCGCAGACGCAAAGAUGGCGGCUCUCAGUGUGGCUCGAAGAAGCUGCGGUCUGUUAAACGGGUUGAGGACAUCUUUUAGGAGUUUGACUCCCGUGAAACAUGGCGCAGUCGCUGCCGCAAUGCCCCAAACGAGCCUGUACCGGGACUGCCGGUGGUAUUCUGUCAGCCACCUGUCCGUUAAAGAGAGGAUUGACAAGAAACGGUCGGCGGCGCUGCUCGGGGGAGGUCAACAGAGAAUAGACGCACAACACAAAAAGGGUAAGCUAACAGCCAGGGAGCGAGUGGAGCUUCUGCUGGACCCCGAGUCCUUCGUGGAAUCGGACAUGUUCGUGGAGCAUCGCUGCUCUGACUUCGGCAUGGAGCAGGAUAGGAACAAGUUCGCGGGUGACAGCGUGGUGACGGGCCAUGGCAGGAUCAACGGCAGGCUGGUUUAUGUAUUCAGUCAGGACUUCACGGUGUUUGGUGGCAGUCUGUCUGGAGCCCAUGCACAGAAGAUUUGUAAGAUAAUGGACCAGGCCAUGAUGGUUGGAGCGCCGGUCAUCGGGUUGAACGACUCUGGAGGAGCUCGGAUCCAGGAAGGAGUGGAGUCUCUGGCUGGAUAUGCAGAUAUUUUCCUGAGGAAUGUGAUGGCUUCAGGAGUCGUGCCUCAGAUCUCUCUCAUCAUGGGGCCCUGUGCCGGAGGAGCCGUCUACUCCCCCGCCCUCACAGACUUCACCUUCAUGGUUAAGGACACAUCAUACCUGUUCAUCACUGGACCUGAUGUCGUGAAAUCUGUCACCAAUGAAGACGUGACCCAAGAGGAGCUCGGCGGAGCCAAAACUCACACCACCGUCUCCGGAGUGGCUCACCGGGCUUUUGAGGAUGACGUUGAAGCGUUGCUCAACAUGCGAGAGUUCUUCAACUUCCUGCCGCUCAGCAAUCAGGACCCCGCCCCCAUCAGGGAGUGCCACGACAGCAGCAAUCGUCUUGUACAUUCGUUGGACACCAUCGUCCCGUUUGAGACGACUAAAGCCUACGACAUGUUGGACAUCAUUCAUGCAAUCGUGGAUGAGAGCGACUUCUUUGAGAUCAUGCCCAACUACGCCAAAAACAUCGUGGUGGGAUUCGCCCGCAUGAACGGACGCACUGUAGGCAUUGUGGGGAACCAGCCCAAAGUAGCUUCUGGCUGUCUGGACAUCAACUCCUCAGUGAAGGGAGCGCGCUUUGUACGCUUCUGUGACGCUUUCAAUAUUCCCAUCAUCACCUUUGUGGAUGUGCCGGGCUUCCUGCCAGGAACCGCUCAGGAGUACGGAGGCAUCAUCCGACACGGAGCCAAGCUGCUGUACGCCUUCGCAGAGGCCACCGUCCCCAAAAUCACCAUCAUCACCAGAAAGGCUUACGGAGGAGCGUAUGACGUGAUGAGCUCCAAACACUUGAGAGGAGACAUGAACUACGCCUGGCCCACAGCUGAGGUGGCGGUCAUGGGCGCCAAGGGUGCUGUUCAGAUUAUCUUCAGAGGAAAGGAGAACCAGGCGGAGGCAGAGGCUGAAUACGUGGAGAAGUUCGCCAACCCUUUCCCAGCUGCUGUCAGAGGUUUUGUGGAUGACAUAAUUGAACCGGCAACAACUCGCAAGAAGAUCUGCAGAGAUCUGGAGGUGCUGGCCAGCAAGAAGCAGAUGAACCCCUGGAAGAAACACGCCAACAUUCCUCUGUGAUCCAACACAAACUGUUUCCACAUUAACUCCCUCUGAAGGCUCGCUGUGGGAGUUUACUGAUACUGACUUCACAUCCGAAUGAACUGCACUAGUUCCCGUGGUUAGGACUUGGGUAGCCUGUAAGCACAUGUGUGUUUCAUUCACCACUCUACUGAAGCAGCACUUAAAGAUACCUGAUUCUGUUAGUGCGUGGUUGCAUCCCAAUAAAAUCAGAUUAUGUUUUGAACUAGGGCAGUAUGUCGAUAUCAGGACAUCAGACUAAAUAUCAUUCUAGAUUUUGUAAUAUGGCAUUAGUAGUGUCGGUUUCAAGUUUUUGGGGAAAAUAUUGGCUCUGUCAACAAAAUCAGCAGGUGUAUCUUUACAACUCUACCCUUGAUAUGGAAACCCUAACUCAUUUCCAGUAGCUGACCAGGAUACAAGUGGUUAUACACAGUCGAGAUACUUGUAUGUCAGUAGUGACCACAUUGGACACUACUGUUUGUUUGAUUUGACCUAAAAGGAGUAGAUUAUGUGUCACUGAUAGAAGCUGAACGGACACGAGCAACUAAACUGUCACAUGGUCGUAGAGUGGAAAUGCAAACAUGCUGCAGUCUGUUCAUGACAAUAGUGUUGCUUAUGUUCUGUAUUUAGUUGUUGAAGUUUGUGGUGUGAACCGUAGUGUGUUAGACACUCCCUGUGUUUAGGUCAUCCUCCCAACAUGGAACUGUGCCUUUCUUCUCUGGCAGCCUUUGCCAUUUGUAAAAUAAAUCAUGGACUCAA